UGUGUCCGCUGCUUGGCUCAGUUUCGGUUGAAAGCCAAAGGCGAGCGGUUCUCUCACGGCUUUUGUUGAGCUCGGCUCGUCUCGUCUCGCCGUUUCACGUCUCGUAUCGUCUCGUCUCGUUUUGUUUCGUUUCGGUUCUUGUGCCACACAGAAAGAACAGCGGACAAAGUUACAGCGCGCUGAUAGAAAAGACGCGAGUGCCAAGCACAAAUAAACAUAAAGAAGCGCCGUUAUUCGUGAAUAUCUUGCCAAUUGUAUUAUUUUUUUUUAUUGUUAUUGUUAUUUGAAUAUUGGUUUGUGCCGUCGGCAAAGCUCAGUGGGGGAGCGAGACAAGUGAAGGAGUCGGCGCCACCACAUGACCACAAUGCCACCGGAAAUGUCCACAACUACGGCAGCCGUUGGGGACACACCGGGCACCCUUACGACCUCGCCCUCGGCCACGCAGGCGCCGCGCUCCCGCUUCAUGAUCACGGACAUAUUGGCCGGCAGUGCCGCUGCGGCAGCCGCUGCUGCUGCCGCCGCUGCUGCGAUGGCGGCUGCCGCCGGACGCGGCUCGGCCAGUCCGCCCCAUCAGCAGCACCAGCAGCAGCAGCAGGCGCAACAGACGCAGCAGCAAGUCCAGCAGCAGGCGGCACUGCAGCACUACUUGGCCCAGCAGCAGCAGCUGCUGCGCUUCGAGCGCGAACGUGAGCGCGAUCGUGAGCGGGAGCGGGAGAGGGAACGAGAGCGGGAGAGGGAGAGGGAGCGGGAGCAGUAUCAUCAUGUGGCGCCACUGCUGGCCCACUUCCCGCCCAGCCACUAUGCGGUGCUGCAGCAACAGCAGCAGCAUCCGCAUGCGCACCCGCAUUCGCAUCACCAUCAGCUGCAGCUGGAACGGGAACGCCUCGAGGCGUUGCAUCGUCAUGGUGCCAAUGUACCGCUCGGCGGCGCCGGCGGCCUUGUCGAUGGCCAAGAUGAGCGAUCGCGUUCGCCCCUUGUGCUCCAUUCGCUGGACGGCGGCGGCGGCGGCGGCAACAGCAGCAGCAACAACAACAAUAAUAGCAGCAGCAGCAACAACAACAACAACAACAUCAGCGGGAGCAGCAACAACAACAUCAACAACAACAGCGGGAACACAAGCGGCAUGCUGCUGGGCGGCACGGGCAGCAGCAUCAGCGGCGAUCAGGCGAGCACCAUCGAUGACAGCGACAGCGACGACUGCGGCGGCAAAGACGAUGACGGCGAGGAUAGCAUGAAGAAUGGCAACAGCAGCGCCAAUGGGGACUCCCAUUUGGGGCUGAGCCUGAGCAAGAAGCAGCGCAAGGCGCGCACCGCCUUCACCGACCAUCAGCUGCAGACGUUGGAGAAGUCCUUCGAGCGGCAGAAGUAUCUCAGCGUGCAGGAUCGCAUGGAGCUGGCCAACAAGCUGGAGCUGAGCGACUGCCAGGUGAAGACCUGGUAUCAGAAUCGCAGAACCAAGUGGAAGCGCCAGACCGCCGUGGGCCUGGAGCUGCUCGCCGAGGCCGGCAACUACGCAGCCUUUCAGCGGCUCUACGGCAGCGCCACGCCCUACUUGAGCGCCUGGCCGUACGCAGCCGCCGCCGCGGCCCAGACGCCGCACGGCGCCCCGCCCUCGGCCAUCGAUAUCUACUACCGGCAGGCGGCGGCCGCCGCGGCGCUGCAGAAGCCGGCGCUGCCCGCCACCUACAUGUACCCCAGCCGCAUGCCCCCGGGCAUGGGGCUGCCGGGCAUGCCGCCGCCGCCGGGAGCCGCGCCCAUGCUGGGCGGCUACUAUGCGCCGCCGCUGGCGCCGCGCGAGCGCUCGCCGGCCACCAGCCAGAGCGCCAACAGCGAGGCCGACUACGAGCGCAGCAGCAGCAGUCGGCAGCGCCUGCUGACGCCGAGUCCGCCCCUCAAUCCGGGCAGCCCGCCGCCGCGCCGCGAUCACGGCCCAGCCGAGGAGGCGCCACUGGCGUCAGCCGCCAAGACGCCGCCGCUGGAGGCGGAGCGCGGGGAGCUGACGACGCUGACGGCGCUGCCAGCGGUCGACGUCGAUGAGGACGAAGAGGACGAGGAGCUGGCGCUCGAGGUGUGAGGCAGAGCAGCGGCCGCAGCAGCAGAGCUGGAUCUCAGAGGGCGACUACGAAAUGUCUCGCAACAAAU